AUGCCAACUGUCUUCACUGUCAAUCGAACGGCACCACUGCUCCUCCUGCUGCUAUGGGUGAUCUGCCCUUCCAUGGCAACCAACUGGCUCUCCCUGGCGAGGCUGGCCCACUCCAGGCCUGUGUCGGGUGCUGCUCCGUGUGCGCGGCUGAGGGGGCUGACCCCGGGGCAGGUGGGAGUGUGCAGGGCGCGGGGGGAGGUCAUGGAGUCAGUGCGCAAAGCAGCCGAGAUGGUCAUAGAAGAGUGCCAGCACCAGUUCAGAAACCGUCGAUGGAACUGCUCCACGACUCCACGAGGAAUCAAUGUGUUUGGACGAGUCAUGAACCAAGGCACUCGUGAGGCGGCCUUUGUGCAUGCGCUAUCCUCCGCAGCGGUGGCGGUGGCCGUGACGCGCGCCUGCACCCGGGGAGAGCUGGAGCGCUGCGGCUGCGACAGGAAGGUCAGAGGGGUCAGCCCAGAGGGGUUCCAGUGGUCAGGGUGCAGUGAUAACCUCUCUUAUGGGGUGGCUUUCUCCCAAACGUUUGUGGAUGAACCUGAGCGAGCCAAGGGGCUGUCUGCAGGCCGACCGCUCAUGAACCUCCACAACAACGAGGCCGGCAGAAAGGCCAUCCUCCACAACAUGCAAGUGGAGUGUAAGUGUCAUGGCGUCUCCGGCUCCUGUGAGCUCAGAACCUGUUGGAAGGUCAUGCCCCCGUUCAGGAGGGUCGGAGUUGUGCUUAAAGAGCGUUUCGACGGAGCAACAGAGGUUCGGCUGACUCGUAUUGGCUCGCGGCCGGCCCUGUUGCCACGGGACCCCCAGGUCAAACCUCCAGCAGCCAGAGACCUGCUGUACCUUGCCCCCUCCCCAGACUUCUGCCACCUGGACCCUGACAAUGGGAUUCCCGGGACAGCUGGUCGGAGAUGCAAUGGGACCUCCCGUUUGGCUCCAGAUGGCUGUGAGCUGGUGUGUUGCGGUCCAGGCUACAGGGCGGGCCGGGCAGAGGUUGUGCAGCGCUGCUCCUGCAAAUUCUCCUGGUGCUGCUCUGUGCGCUGUCAGCAGUGCAAAAACACCGUCACCAUUCACACGUGCCGAGUGUGA